UGUCAAAGCAGAAACAGAGGGUUGAAUUUUUCCUCCUUGGCUGGGCGGUGGGAGGAGGUGGUGGACGGUGUUUAGAGAGGAUAAACUGUGAUUGAAGCCGCUGUGGGGGACCAGGAGCUCCGUCUGCUGCUGCUGCUGCUGCUGCUGUAACCCCACACAGCAUCAACAUGGAGCUGGAGAAUAUCGUGGCCAACACGGUGCUGCUCAAAGCACGGGAAGGAGGUGGCGGGAACAGAAAAGGAAAAAGCAAGAAAUGGAAGCAGCUGCUGCAGUUUCCCCACAUAAGUUUGUGCGAAGAGCUGCGACAAAGCACAGAAAAGGACUACAGCAGCCUCUGUGAGCGGCAGCCUAUCGGACGGUUACUGUUCAGACAAUUCUGUGAGACUCGACCUGAACUGAGACGCUGCGUCAAGUUCCUGGACGCUGUGGCGGAGUACGAGGUGACUCCAGAUGAGAGGAGGAAGGAGUGCGGUCAAGAACUCGUCAACACAUACUUCAACCCAAAGUCAGAAGACCAUGUGCCUGAGGUGGAGGAGGCCAUGAUGGCUCAGUGCGCUGAGAGGCUACAGCAGGAGGCCUGCAAAGAGCUCUUUAAGGAUUGUACCAAAUUGAUCCACGACUACCUGAGUGUGGCGCCCUUCGCAGACUACCUCGACAGCAUGUACUACAACAGGUUCCUCCAGUGGAAAUGGCUCGAGAGCCAACCGGUGACGAAAAACACAUUCCGACAGUACCGAGUUUUAGGGAAAGGAGGCUUUGGAGAGGUGUGUGCGUGUCAGGUACGAGCCACGGGGAAAAUGUACGCCUGUAAGAAACUGGAGAAGAAGAGGAUAAAGAAGAGGAAAGGAGAGUCCAUGGCGCUCAAUGAGAAACAGAUCCUGGAGAAGGUCAACAGCAGAUUUGUAGUGAGUUUAGCGUACGCCUACGAGACGAAGGACGCUCUGUGCCUUGUGUUGACCCUCAUGAAUGGAGGGGACCUGAAGUUCCACAUCUAUCACAUGGGCGAGGCAGGUUUCGACGAGAGGAGAGCCAUCUUCUACUCUGCAGAGAUCUGCUGCGGGCUGGAGGACCUGCACAGAGAACGCAUCGUUUACAGAGACCUAAAACCAGAGAACAUCCUGCUGGACGACCAUGGCCACAUCAGGAUAUCAGACCUGGGUUUGGCGGUUCAUGUACCAGAAGGACAGAGCAUCAAGGGACGGGUUGGAACGGUAGGAUAUAUGGCUCCGGAGGUGGUAAAAAACGAGCGCUACACCUUCAGUCCCGACUGGUGGGCGCUGGGCUGCCUGCUGUACGAGAUGAUCGAGGGCCAGUCUCCCUUCCAGCAGAGGAAGAAGAAGAUCAAGAGGGAGGAAGUGGAGCGGCUGGUGAGGGAGGUGGAGGAGGAAUAUUCCAGCAAGUUCUCGGAGGACGCCAAGUCCCUCUGUAAAAUGUUUCUGGCCAAAGAUCCCGCAGAGAGGCUGGGCUGCCAGGGAGGUGGAGCCUCAGAGGUUAAAGGCCAUCCCAUCUUCCGCUCCAUCAACUUCAAACGCCUCGAGGCCGGCAUGCUGCAGGCGCCUUUCAUCCCAGAUCCGCAGGCCAUCUACUGUAAAGACGUGCUGGACAUCGAGCAGUUCUCCACAGUGAAAGGAGUCGAGCUUGAGCCAAAAGACGAGUCUUUCUACAGCAAAGUGUCCACAGGCAGUGUCUCCAUUCCCUGGCAGAAUGAGAUGAUCGAGACAGAGUGUUUUGCAGAGCUGAAUGUUUUUCACCAGGACGGGACAGUUCCCCCUGACCUGGACUGGAGAGGACAGCCGUCUCCUCCACCAAAACAGGGACUCCUGCAGCGGCUGUUUGGCCGACAGGACUGCUGUGGUAACUGCAGUGACAGUGACGAGGAGCCCACCAGGCUGUGAUACACACACACACACACACACACACACACCCACACAAUCUCAUUUGUUUACAAUUUUUGCACAUUUGUAUUUUUAAGAUAGUCCUAUCUCUAAAUGUCAGAAUGUAUAUUUUCAACAUAGCCAUAUUGUUUUUAUGUUAUUUAAAAAAGUUGUGACAUAUAGUCUGUCGACACGUUCCAAGCGAGGAGAUGGGAACUUACAGAAGAUUAACUUUUUUUUUUUUUUUUUUGCUUUUGUUUAUUUUUUAAUUUUUUUUGUCCAGGGAAGUUUUUGCUUUCACAUUCAUCCACUUAACACAAGUCCACGUAACUGAUGUGGGAGCUGCUGCUGACGGCUGAGCAGCUCCACUGGAACAAUCGCCUGCUGUAAAAGUGCCUUGCUGGAGGGCACUGUGACAGUGAUUACUAAGGGAGGACUGAGCAUUCCUCGAUCUCUUUACUUUUUGCCCACUUGAUCCAGGGUAUCAGACCAGUGACUUUCGACUCGUGAACUGUGACCACUUUUCUUCUUCCACCCUCUGCUGUGACCAACCUAUUUUUCUUCUUUAUAAUUCUUUUGAAAGUGUGAUUUUUAUGUUUGUUUGGACAUUAUGGUUUGGAGAUGGUGAUGCCAGAGCCAUGAAGUUCUCUACAUCUGCAGAUAUUUUUAUAUCAAAAGUAUUAUUAAUAUGAUUUUAUUUUUAUUUUUCGAUAAUGAGUUUCUUGAGACAAUCGACUCGUUGUGUCAGUGUGGCUCCAGUUACUCUUGUCUGUUCUGUAAAGACUGAAUGAGUCACUUUCAUGCUGUGAUUACACAAGUUGCUUUUACCAACAUGCUUGUGGCUUUUCGUUUGCUCCAGCAACUUCACCAUGAUAAAAGAACUGUCCCAUUUUUGGUCCAUAAUGAACAGGUCACACAUUAUGUUAACGCUGCAGUGCUUGAACUGAAAAAAACAAAGUGCCAGUACUCUGAACACAUUUGGAAAAACAUUAUGGUAUUUCAUAGGGUCCCUAAUUUCCUACCAUAUUCUUACACUGUGUUUCAGCCAAACAGGUUCAGUUUGGUUCUAAUUUUUGAGACAACAGAGACAAAGACAGGUGUCUUGAAUAUAGUUAGUUGCAGUUGAUGAUUUUCAUAGGAACUUUAUCGAAAGAACCACUCCAUUUAAACACAUGAAACAUCCAUUCAUUGCUUCUUUAUUUAUUGAAUUUUAAGUCUUCCUAAAUGGUUUGCUUGUCUGUAGAAUUUUACAUCUUUGCAUGGUCAGCUGAUUUUAGUUUUUCAUCGAAAACUUGAGGUAAUUUACCUAUUACUGACAUAAUUAGCAAAAGUUUGCAAUUGAACUACAGUUGAAUAACCCAUUCCCACUUGUCUCAGGGUUUCUUUAGAAUGUAUUCAUUUUUGUGAUAUCAUUCCCUGCGCUGUCUUCUUUUUUUCUUUUUUUUAAACCUAACUUCAUGAAUGGAUGGUGGUCAGAUGAUUUCAAGCUUGUGCAGGUUUACAUAUACCCUUCCAGUAGACUACGUUAUGUGUGUGGCAGUAACAAUGCAAGAAAAAAAGUCCAAAGUUUUGCCCGUCCAGAUCUGUCACAGGCUGCAUCCCCUGCUGAUCACAUGAUCAAAGUCACACUGAUGCAAAGACAAGAGUAACUGAAGCUUUUGGGUCAAAUCCUGAGACUGAAGCAGGUGUGUGCAUCCCUGCAGUGAAAUGCCUCAGCUGGUACUGUUGCAGACAGCAGCUUCCUCAAAGAAUAUGGCCUCUGAUUUUAAGCUAUUAAAAUACCUCUGAAUGUACAAACGGCUGUCAUUUUAUUUCUGAUAUUUAAACGACAGAAACCGGACACCAAGAUUUUCCUUUUGUUAAUUACGAGAUUGAAUCACACACAUAUGAAUUUAUAAAUGUGUGAAAUUCACCUUUGAGCUUUGAAUGUCCAAAUUCUCUCCUCCCUCCAAAACAUACCAAAUAGUGAAAUUCCAGCUACAUUUAUCAAAAGGUUAAGCUUAGUCGUUAGUCGUUAGUCGUUAAAUGUAUCAUAAAUCACGGUAAAUAACAUUUUAAUUGGUCAGUUCACCCAACUCCCACUAUACUAAAAAAAAGUUUUCUCAGUUGUCUUUUGGAGUUCAAGCCAUGCAGAUAGUUUUUUUUUUUUUUUUGCUCAGGUUUUGAAAUAUGGAAAUAUAAACAAGUAUGUAAGUUGUUUUGAUGGAGUUGACUUAUGUGUGAAUUUGGGGUAGUAACAUGUCCAUGUAUUUUUAUUGACCAAAAGACUUUCAAAACUUGCCGAAUGAAACCAAAACAAUCCGCAUGGCUCAAUUCUGCUAAACAGUAGAUGUGAAAAGUACAUUUUGGUGUAAUUUGAGUGAACUUACCCUUUAAUAAAGUCUCGGGCUGCAACUUAUUAUUAUUAUUUUCGUCUACUGAUAAUUUCUUAAAUAAUCAAUUAUUUUGUCUAUUAAAUUAUUAAUACCCAUAACACCUGUUUUAAUAUUCUUACAUUUUAGGGGAAUAAGUCAGCAAAAGUUUGGCAUUGUUGCAUUAAAAUUACUGUUAACACUUACUCAAUUGUUAUAAUAGUGCUCAAUUAAUUUUCAGUCCAUUUCCUAAUUGUUUAAUUUUUAGAAAUUGCCAGCUCUUGCCAUCAGUUUAAAAACAGAACUCAUCCUGUUCCUCAUCCUGAGAUAUUCACCUUAAAAUUUGUUUGUUUUUUUAAAAGAUAAUCUUUCAAUUGUCUUUUUUUUUUAUGAAUUCUGAUAAAUGGGACUUUUGAUGAGCAUGUGAGAUGGAUUCACUGUUCAAGAUCCUUUAUAUAAAUCUUUCAGCCUCCUUCUGUCUGCCUUUUGUUUAGCCACUGAGGUCUUGAGUAGUUUUUAUUGAAGCACUUAACCAGUUAAUUUAAACCAGUUAUCAACAGAAGAUCAAAGAUGACAAAAUCCUUCCCAUCCAAGGUGCCUUUUGGUGUUUGAAGGUACUCCUCCAGCCUGUAGUCACCUCUUUUUUUACAUGCUGUAUGUGUCUGUAAAAUGUAAAGCCUGCUGCUGCGUCAGCUUCAGCUUAUUUCCUGUCUGUGGUACCUCGUGUGCUUGUUGUCAAAACCCUCUCUCUGGAGUCUCUUUGUGAAAACGAGGACGAUGAGACUGAAUGAAUAUUUACCCUUAAAGUACAUACUGCUGUUGACUCCCGACAUAUCCUCCAUGGACAUUUAAAUCAGGACUCAACUGUUGUAUUGUAUCUCUCUGCUGUCAGAUAACCUCUGUCCGUUAUGUUUCCUUUGUGUUGAGGAUGCACUGUAAUCUGCCUUAAAGGAUAAUUCCACUUUAUAACAACUUGGGUCUUAUUUUUGUAGCUAUGUUCAUCAUCCUUCUCAGUAAUAUUAACAUUGUAUUCACAAAGUUAAUUGCUAUACUAAGGGUUAUGAUAAAUAAUAUAUUUAUCAUGCCAUCAGUUUUAAUCAAGAUGAGGGAGUCUGUGUCUGCCUGUAAACGAGGAGUUAGUGAUAAAAAUGUCAAAUAGGACUAAAAUGUUUUUGUAUAAAUGCUCCAAAUGUUUCCAACC